CCACGGUGCCAGCUUCGGGGGGGGGGCAGAGAAAAGGGGUCCUUUGUGGCCCACCCCCCCAGAUCGCACUCUUCACACACGGCGGGUUUGGGGUUGGGGAAGUUGGGGGAGCCUGGAGCUUAUGGGUAAGUCUGUCGCACAUGCGUGUGUAACGCCGGCACCGCAACUGGACGUGGUUUUCGCACUCCCCCCUCCUCAUCCGGGGGGGGGGCAUUUCCAGGAAAGGGGGGGGGAAUGGUUGAGAAAUGGAGCCAAACUCCAUUCAAAAUCUGCCACCAGCCGAUUCUGCCAAUUUAAGUGGGAGCCUAAAUCCUACAGGAUGGAUGCGAUUGGACCCCCCCUAGUCUUAAUUGCAUAUGGUAAGGACAGUGUGUGUGCGCGGUGGGGGGCAACCCCCCCCCCAAAAAUUAUGGGAUGCUUCCCAAAAUCUGCAAAUCUCAAACACGUACGGGUCAUCCUGCAUAAAAUCUUAGUCUGGUCUGUUUGGGGGAGAACUGUAGGCUUAUAGCCUUUCUCUCUGUGGGCCGUUAGAUGGUCCAAUUAUUAUUAUUAUUAUUAUUAUUAUUAUUAUUAUUAUUAUUAUGUCCUGAGGAGGCUGUAUCCCUCCAAGGCAAGGGUUGGGCAUUAAAGCCCUCGCUUGCUGGGGUCACCUGCAGAUGGAAAGAGGUUGACACGCCUUCCAUCGCCCCUCCCUCGGCCCAAACCCGCAGGCCGCUUAACGGUGACUCCCGGGCUGGGCUAGAUGACCUUUGGGGGACCCCUCCUGACUGCAAUUCCUCCAGUUCCGGUGCCUGGGCGUUCCUCACCCUCUUUCUCUCUCUUUCUCUCUCUCCCGUCUACUGAUGAUUUAAUGGGAUUCUGUUUCCAGCUUCAUUCUGGACUUUUCCUCUCUCUCUCUCUCUCUGCCUCCCUAUCUCUUUCUCUCUUUCUCUCUAUUUUUUAAAAUAUUUUUUUUAAAAAAAGCAAUGGAUAAAAACCGAAUGAUUUUCGCUGGAUUUUAUUCACGUAGGUGUGUGGGGGAUCAGGCCCCCCGUCCAGGAAGGUGGCGGGGGCUCCCUCGGAGGAACCGUGGAGGGGCUGCUGCAGCGCGGAUCCUAAAUCCUUACAGUUCGGCCUCAGGACCCAAGUUUCCAAAAUAAAUGUCUCCCUCUUUCUGUGUCUCUGCUCUUGAGACCCCCGUAGCGUAAAGGGCCCCGUCCAAUGAUUGGGCUCCAGUCGGUCUACAUCAUUGACUCUGGGGAGACGGCUUUGGUGGAGGGGCUCCGCGUGGCCCCCUGGGAGCGAGGGAAAGGGGUGGCCGGGGUCCUGCAGCGCUUCUGCUCGGAGAUGGUCAAGGAGAAGCACCCUGAGGUCAAGGUGUCGCGCUUGACCCGGGACGACAAGCUGGGACCCAAAGACUUCAAGAAGUACCGUGUCAUCGCGAAACAGGGGAUCCUGCUGGUGCGCUUCGAUGCCCAAGAGCUCCUCUCCCGCCUUGACGCUGUGGUGCUGGCGCUGGCCGAGGCCGGCUUCUGCCCAGAGCCAUCCGAGCUCCUCCUGGAGAGCGAGGUCCCCGAGGUGGUUCUGCAGGAGUCCUUCCAGCGGGAGGUUCUGCCCAACCAGACCAUCAUCCAAGACUGGCAACCCUUCAAGGCCACCGCCGGCAACCUGGGCCUGCUGAUGAAGAAGGACCUCUGCUGGGUGGUCGACCAAAAGGCCCGCCCCACCGUGGCCACGCUCAGCACCCGGCCCUUCCCCAUCCCGCUGGGAGAGGACUGGUUUUACCUCAACAUCGACGCCUUCGGGCGCGACCUGGCGCACGUCAAGAGCCAGCUGCUCCACCACCUGCGCCUCCAGGUGCCGGCCGCCCAGCAGGGGAAGGUCAUGUGCCAGCUCUUCCUGGAGCCGGCCCUGUGGUUAGACAUGGCCACCUUCUGCCAAUCGGCCCUGGGCCUGGAGCUGGCCAAGGACUACACCGAACAGUACCUGCUGGAGUCUGACAUCUGACGGGUUGGGGGAGGCCAAGGGGGCAGCAACGGGGGGGCUCAGGGGUGGGGAGGAGAGGGAGGAGCGGCGGGGGCCCCCUCCUCCCCCCUCUCCCCUCCCUCCCCCCUCCUCCACCCCCAAACUCCCCUGCAACGCAGCACUUUCUGAGCCUUUUAACAUUUUAUCCUGGAAAUACUUGGUUACCCCGACCCAAACCCAGUGCCCCCCCCACCUCCAACCCUGACGUAGAGGAUGAAACCCCAGUUCUCACUCCCUUCCCUGGGCAGCAGUUAGCAAUGUGGGUGGUUCGGUCCGGGGAGAUGGAUGGGGCAGCAGCAGAGAAAAUGGGGGCGGGGGGCUUGGAGGAGGUUCUCCCCGGAGCGGCUGGCUGGUCCUUGGCAAAGCCUUGCCCACCCUUACCCCGAGCAGAAGGCACCCCUGGGUGGGAGAGAGAGCAGGGGGCCUCUGCGGCUGCCUCUGUUUUGAGAUAAAUAAUCAAACAGUCCAGGUCUUAGCGCUGUGGGGAAACCAAGAGGAGUUUGGCCUAGAUUCCAUCUGCUCUUUGCAGCCCUCGGCUCUGAAGAUCAUGAGCCGCUGAGAUUCCACCUGGAACAGAUCCCAUCACUGCAAGCUCAUCUCUAGGUCCAUGAGGGCUAGAAACCUGGCUUUCUUUAAAAGGCAGGCUGGGGUUCUCCUGAACGUUGUGGUGCAGCAGACACUUUUAAGGGAAGCCCAUAUGAGGUCCUGGGACCACCAGAGAGCCACUGGCUCCUCCCAGACUGUAGUGUGUGUUUUCGGGUGGGGGGGGCAGCGAUAGUCGCACAGCAAUAGCCCCUUUCACUUGUGCAGCCCCCCGUCCGCCCCCUUCCUCCCCCCCCCAGCCAGGCGCUUAGCAACAGCUGACAUGGUGACGGAGGAGGCGCCCCCCCUUGCAACGGUUGACAUGGCAGCGGCUGAGGGAGCCUAGCAACGAGGCUGACGCACGGGGCGGCGCCUGGCAACGGUUGACGUGGCGAUGGAGGCCGGUGAUGUGAUGACUGAUGGCGGAAGGAAGCAAGGUCGCCGCGACCUCCCCGGCCCCUGCAGAAGGGACCUUGCGGGGCUUGGCAGACCCCCCCCACCUGCCCCCUCCCCAUGAUCUUGCCUUGCACUCCCCCCAGCCCCCCACCCCUUUCCCCCUAGCGCCGCUUUCAGACUGACUAACGUGCAAUAUUAGAUUCUUGUAAAUGGAGAUAUAUUUAUAAAUCUAUGGUGUGCAAAAUG